CCAGCUCCAGUACUCAGGAAUUUUUCGUCACUGAUUAUUUCAGGUUGAAAUAUAAUACUGGUACAAUCAUAUUCCAGCCCUCAUCACAUGCUUAUAAAAAUCCCAGGGACUUCUGUAAUGAAGCCGAGGCAUCUCAUUUGUCCAAGAAUCUUGGCUGUCAUUAUAAUCCAAGAAUCUAACCCUAUUAUUACACUCACCUCCUCUAUAUAUGUAAAUCGACAUAUAUAUAUGCUAAAAGGGUUGACGUUGCAGCAGUUGUAAGGAAAACAUAUGGAGUACUCUUCCACGAGCCUUUCAUUCAGCAGUUAUUCAAAAGAAGAAGAUCACAACGCUAACAAAAAACGAUACAUCGGUGUAAGGAAACGGCCGUGGGGGAAGUACGCAGCGGAAAUAAGGGAUUCGACAAGGAACGGGAAGAGGGUUUGGCUUGGAACAUUCAACACAGAGGAAGAGGCAGCACUGGCAUAUGAUCAAGCUGCAUUCGCAACACGAGGCCCUUCGAUUCCCCUCAAUUUUCCAGUAGAAAGAGUAGUGGAAUCGCUUAGAAAGAUGAAUUACAGCUGCAAGGAGGGCUCCUCGCCUGCUAAAGCCCUAAAGGAGUCGCACAAGAUGCUAAGGAGUAGUAAAAGGAAAGAGGAUGUUUUGGUUCUUGAGGACUUGGGAUCUGAUUUGUUGGAUGAGCUCUUGUCUGAAAGCUCAAUUAGUGAGUGAACAGCAACAGGUUUCUGGUUUUUGUGAGUAAUCUUGGUCCUUUUUUUUUUUUUUUUUUUGGUCUUUUUUAAAAUUUAAUAUAGUCUCUCUUACUGGGGUAUAGCUGCAUCUUUCUCUUUAUUUCUUGGUUUACAGCUCCUCUAAACCCUAGAUCUCACCAGCCCAUCUCCCAGUGUUUUUUUGGUCAAAUUAAAUUAGGAACUUUA